ACAAAGCGGUUUACAGACCUUGGCUACAAUCAAUCGAAACAAAUUUUCUGUUAUGACAUUUAAAAAGUUUAAAAUGGCAUAAGCACACGUGAUUUUUUAAGGUUAUGUACAAAAUAUUUAACCUUAGUAAGUUUUUCAAAGCUACGUAUCCUACGUAUAAUCAAUUAUCUUGAAGAAUGAUUUUUCGCGAUUUGGAAAAUUAUGAAGAACCUGAAAAUGAAAGUGAUAGUUCUACUGAAAAUAAGAAUAAAGAAAAGGUUGACUCUAAAAGAAAAGUGUCCGAAAAUGAAGGUAAAAUGAAUAAAAAAGCUCGAAAAGAUUUGUAUAAACAACCAACAACGGAUGAAUUGAAUCAAUUAAAAGAAACUGAAAAUUUAUAUUCCUCGAGUUUAAUGAGAUUACAAAUUGAGGAAUUAUUGGGGAAGAUUAACGUUUCAAAAAGGUACAUUAAUAAAGUUGAGGACUUUUGGAACGAAUUUAAAGAAGUUAUGGAAAAUUUCAACGAUUUAGUUGAUCAUAAAAGGAUAUUUAAGAUUGAUUCACUCGAUAUAAAAUGUGAUAAAGAGUUCAAUUUAAACGAUAUUGAAUUUAUUAAACCAGAAAAGUACAAAUUAUUUGGGUUGUAUAAGCUUGAAUGUAUUACAAAUAAAAAAGAUGAAUUUAAUGUGAAUAUAAAUAUCAGCAUUCCCACAAAGUUUUUCCAAGAAAAAGAUUAUUUGAAUAAUCGUUAUUUAGUGAAAAGAGAUUUUUAUAUUCAAUAUCUUUUUGCCGGCUUCAAAAAAGUUGAGAAUUGGAAUAAAUAUGAUUUUUGCAUCAAUUAUUAUAAAAAGUUAAAAUAUUCUCCGUACAUUUGUAUAAAACAUUUAAACAACAUCAAAAUUAACGUUUUUUUAACGGCCGAAGCAAAUACUUUUAAGUUAAGAAGAGUUAUGCCUGAUAUGAACAACAUGAAAAUCGAUUUUGAUAAAAAUUUUGUGUCUGUGAAUGUUAAAGAUUACGAAAAUGUUGCUACACUUUUUUACAAUUCAAUUUUAGCAAGAGAUUUGACGCUAAAUGAAAAUUACGAUUGGUUAGAAUCGAAAAUUAAUUCUAAAAAUGUUCAAGAUGGACUUAAAUUGGCUUUGAUUUGGUUAAAUUUAAGAGAAUUAAAUGAUUGUUUUAAUGGAUUUAAUUAUGAAAUAGUAUUAUUUCUUGUGGGGUAUUUAAUCGAAAAGAAGAAAAUUAAUGAAAACAUGAGUUCUUAUCAAAUUGUUAGGAUAUUUUGGUAUUUUUUGAUAAAUUCUGAUUGGAGUAAAGAACCAAUAUAUAUAAGAAACGAUUUGCUGGAAAAUUUUUCUGAAAAUUUGAACUUAUUUAAAAAUAAUUACGAUGUUGUUUUUCUUGAUAAAACCGGCUUUUUUAACUUAACAUCAUUUCUUGAUCUCGAUAAUUACCAAACGAUACGAAACGAAGCUAAAAGAGCCCUUGAAAUUUUAGAUAGCAAUAAUUUUAAUUCAUUUAGUUAUUUGUUUAACACUAAAAUUUCGUUCCUUCUCCAAUUUGAUGCAGUUGUAAAAAUUAAUAAUUUUAACUUGGAUGUAAUUUUUAAAAAUACGAAUGCUCCGGAAAAGUGGAAAUAUUAUGGCUUUUAUGAUUAUUUGAUCACAAAAAAGAUUAAAGAUCUUUUAAAAAAAGCUUUAAAUCAUCGUGUUUUUUACAUAACCCCAAAAAUAUUUUACGAUUUUAAUAAUAAAUUACAAAUGAUUUUAAUUGGGAUCAUUUUAAAUCCAGAGAAAGCUUUUAAUACCAUAGAAAAGGGCCCUUCUGAAGAAAAUCCGAUUGAAGUCAAAGAAUUUAAAGAAUUUUGGGGUAAAUUCUCUGAUUUCAGAAGAUUUCAAGAUUCCACGGCCGCAGAAGUUGCUGUUUUUCCAAGAAAAACAAUUCAAGAUCGUAGAAAUAUUUAUGCUACCAUUAUAAAUUAUGUAUUAGAAGAGAAAUACGGUUUAAAUAUCGAAUUGAUUGGGAAUCAAUUUGAAGAGUUUGUAGCAGAUACAUUUAGAAAACCAUCUUUUCCAUCUGGAACUAACGAAGAAGCCUGCUUAAAAGUAAAACAUAUUUUUGAUGAUUUAUCUGAAAAAAUGAGAAAUUUAAAAUUGGAAUUAACCAUAAAUAGUAUUCAAGGAGUUUCCCCUGUAUUUUGUUACACACAUUUAUUUCCUCCCAUUUCAACUAAUUAUCAAUGCGACGAAAAAAUUACAACACAUUUAGAUCAAAAUGUAAUAUUUAAUAAUGUAAAAGAACUUAAAGCCGUUCCUAAAUACGUUUACCCAAUUGAAUGUGUUAUAAAAUUAUCAAGAUCUUCAGCUUGGCCGAACGAAAUUGAAGCACUUCGAGCUAUUAAAUGUGAAUUUUAUUUAAAAAUUUCUUCAUUAUUAAACGAAGAGCUCAAGGACAAAAUCAUAACUCAACCCAAUUUUGAUUGUUUACAAGUCUUUUAUGAAGGUUUAGUUUUCCGAUUUAAACUUUUCAUUGAAAAAGAAUUAAUUUUAUUGAAGAAGUCAAUAAACUCCGAGGGGGCGGUUGUCUAUCAAGAAACCGAAGAAUGUUUUGAAUUAGAAAAAAAUUCACAAAUUUUACCAAAAAUAAUAAGCGCAUUAAAUGGAAUUCAUCAGGAAAAUCCGAGUUUUGGUUCUUGUUCAAUGUUGAUUAAACGUUGGUUAAGAUCCCAAAUGAUUGAUGAUGAUCACAUGUCCGAUAUAAUAAUCGAUUUAUGGAAUGCUUCUUUAUACAUAAAUCAAAACUCUUUCAAUAAGUUUAAUUUACCUCAAAUUGGAUUCAUUCGAUUUUUAAAGCAUGUUGCUAGUUUCGACCCAAAAACCGAUUUUAUUCUUGUUAAUUUUAAUGAGGAUAUUGAAAAAUCACGUUUGGAUGAAAUUGAAAGUAAUUUUAUAAAUAAUCGUUCGUCUUUACCGUUUUUGUACAUUGUAACUCCAUAUGACAAUGGAAAGUCUAUUUUUUCGAAAAGAGGGCCUAGUGAAGAAAUUUUAAGGAGGAUUUCAAUUUUAGCGGAAGCUGCUUACACCUACUUAAAUGACAUUUCAAUUAAAUGGAAAAAAUUUGAAAUAAAAAAUUUGUUUCAACCAAGUUUGGAAGGCUACGAUUUAAUAAUUAAUCUGGUAUCUCAUUUAAAUCCGCUAAAAUAUCAACAAAUACCGUUCAAAAAUGUUAAUAAAUCUGUUGAUAUAGAAAAUUAUGAUAGAAAUGUUUCUAAAUUCUUUCCAAUUAUCGAUUUUAAUCCAAUUCACAAGUUUUUGAAAGAGUUAAGGGUAAUUUAUGGAAAAUACGCAUUAUUCUUCCAUGAUUCAUAUGGUGGAGAAACUAUUGGAGUUUUAUGGAUUAAAAGCGAAUUAGAACCAAAAGAAUUUAAGAUCAGCAAUGUAAAUUGUAAGAAAAAAGUUGGUGACAAAUUGGUGUUAAAUAGAGAAGCGAUUAUAGAAGAUAUUUACAACAGAGGAAUGAGUUUAAUUAAAAGUAUCGAAAAAGCAUAGGUUCGUUACUUUUAUGUUUGUUAAGCAAAUGAUAUUGAUAAUAAAUUUUGUAUAUUGAAAGAAAAAAGUGA